AUGGAGACUGGGACGAGGCAGGGCACGAGGAGAGUAGCCGGCGUGGAGAGCUGCCGCUACGAGAGACAGAGAAAAGGAGUGGCGGCCACAAAGGACGACGACGAGGAGAGGGAGUCGAUCCAUCACCAUCGCAGAAGUCUAGGCGGCAGACUAGGCGAGCCCUAUCCUCCAAGGAGACAAGCGAGCCCUAUCCUCCAAGGAGACAAGCUCGCCAUUUUUCCAAGGAAUCCCAGGACAUAUCGCCACCAUGUAGGCGCACGAGGCAUUACUUGGAGGAGCCUCAGAACCGCUCCCCCCCCUCGGUGCCAGACACGACAUGACUCGAAGGAGCUUGAAGACAUCUCUCUACCACGAAGACGGAAGUGCCAAGACUCGGCACAGCUGGACGACCUGUUUCUCACAAGAAGACAAAAAUUGGGACAUAGCUUAGGGGAUAGGGAUACUUCUCCACCAAGGGUAGAAAGUCUGCACCAUAUGAUUUAUCUCCACCUUGUAAGGAGAGAGACACUUCUCCAAGGAAGGUUUGAAGGAAGGAGCUUCAUAAGAGACAAGGUGAGCUGGAUUGGUGUCAGCAGAGGAACAAAGAGAACAUCAGAAAGAUUAAGGAGGAUGAGAAGCUCAACACAAUACCCUUCAUUCACUGGUAAAGGGGCAAAGGCAGUGUUCCGAGACAAGGAAGAUAAAAUGAUAAAUCAAGAAGUCAUAUAGAAGGCAAAGGGAGACGAGAAGCGAAAGCACCAACAUCUAUCUAACAUAUAAAUGGCGCUAGACUACCCGCCGUUCUGGAGGCAUUGUUCGCACGCUGCGUUUUUGACUGCCCAAUUGAGUAACUACAGUAAUUUUUUGGCUGCUGGCGACUGGUCAACCGUCCACUGUUUUUCACAUUCAUGGCCGCUUCAAGAGAGGAUGACGGGUGGGGUCGUGAGGUUGCGGGGGCCAGCGAGCAGAGGGUGUGUUUGUGUGGAGGCACGUCAACGAUUAGCUCAGGGUAGGUUGUUCUUGAUUGGCUGAGGGCGACGUGAGGAGGUGCUGGUGUAAUUGGCUGAUCUCUACCCUACUGCGUCGGUGGUCCCGGUUAACACUUGAGCCCACAUUUCAGCAUGUUGAAUAGACGGGCUAGACUAGAGGAGCGGCGAGGAGAGCCGGGACCAAUCCUCUCUGGAAAACAUCUUCCUCCUCGAGCACCACACUACUCCGCCAUGUCCCACCUCCCCUGCUCCGCUCGCAUCACCGCCUUCUCUCCCGGCCCUCUUCCCCGGCACUCAACGUGCACGUGCACUAGCAGGGCUCCACUAUGUCCAAUCUAGCCGGAUCAGGCGCAGGUCGCCGGCAUCCGGCGCGUGAAUCUGGACCGGGCUCAGAUCUCCAUCAGGAGAGUAGAAGCGGCCGCUGCAGUGAGGGCAGCAGAGCUGCAGAGGAACCCACAUGGUUGAGCCCCCACCCCGGUGGCUGCCUGCAGAGAAGUCGAGGAUGGCUCCCGUCUCCCAUCACAGGUAGGGUUAGCGAGGAGGAGGUUGUCCUCGAAGAGGCAGCGUGGUGGCUUGACGGCCACCUCUCAUCAUCUCCUACCAACAAGCGCUCAGUCCAUGGCGUCGUCGCCAUCGUCCUCGGCAGUAUGAGCAUGGGCCGCAGAGAAGGCCGGUUCUCACACCGUCGCCCGCCCACCCAUCAUCCACGCCCCCUCCUCCUCAGACAGGGAGAGGACAGAAAGAGUAAGAAAGCCUUGCGCCGUGAAGGCAGCAGCAUGCAGCGUCAAGUCAAGCACAUUGGCCUCGAUGGCAAGAGACAGUACCAUCAGGCCGGCAUCAAACACCCUUAAUAAAGCUACACGGUGGACGCUAUUUGUCAUAUUUUGACUGAUGAAUCUGUUUUAAUAGAUUAUACAAGAUUGAUGUGGUUAUCAGAUGAUUGCAGUCUGAGUUUAUCCUUUUGGUUUAUACAAAAAUGCUUAUUUGGCUUCAUGUGUAACAUGAUUUUUCAGUAUCUAAUGUUUGUUCUAUCCAACAUGACUACAUGAGAAAAAAGUGCUACCGCUACAUUACUGCUGCUUGCCUAUGGAAAAGAGAGUUCCAUCGUGAUAUGAGAUGGCAGGUAUUGAGGGCUAGACUGUACAUGGCAAAGAUUAAUUUGUUAUGGUGAAACCAAAGCUUUAGUGUUUGGGUGGCAUCGUUGUUAACUUAUUAUUAAGCAUAUCAACUAUGUAUUUUGUCCCACAUGAAUGAUUGAGAAAAACUUUGCUUUUGAAGACAUCAUGUCUCACUUAUUGUCAUGUCUAAAUAUUUGAAUUUUAUGUUGAUGUUUUGACCGUGGACGCCAAAACAUCACAGUUUGCGUAAUAGAGUGAUUUCCAUUAUAAAAUGAAGUUCCUUCCAUCAAUUAGAUAGCUUUUAUUACUUCGGUUCUUCUAUUUUGCAGAUGCUUUCGCUUAAAGAUUUGCAGAGAUCAAUGAGGAUUCGGGUGGCGGGGAAGGGGCUGGUGAUAGGAAAUAUGGGUCCAAGAAGAAAUUAAAGAGCAUGGGCAAAAUCAUUGCUCAUUCCCAGAUCAUCUAAAUCAGAUAGACGGGCCCCAAACACAGUGCCAUUUGUCGUUUGUGUGUUUGAUUUUUAGUUGAGUGCCUUUGGAUCGAUGGUACUAUGGAGAGGUGACAUUAGCACGAUUGAUGAUUGCUUAUCUCCUGUCGACAACAUCUCAUUCCUCUGUAUGUCAAUAUAUCAACAAAACAAGAGAUCUAUAAUAUCAGUCUUUAUGGAGUUCACAGAUUAUUGAAGAUUUUUGCUGCCAUGGAAUUGUGAGUUUGUGACUAUACAUUCUUGUGUCCUACAUGUGAAUUGAAGAUAUAUUAUCUAUGUAUGUGAAUAUAAAUAUCUAGGUAUGUAAGCAAGUCCUAACUUUUAUUUACAUAUUCAUCUAUGAAAUGCAUGCAAGCAAAUCAUAUCUUACAGAUAAUUGCUCCCUUAUAGGUGAACCUGAUGAUUCAUAAAUUAACCGGUUGGAGAUCGGUAGACAGUCAAGUGUAUUGAUAACUGGAGUUUAGAUCUCAAAAUCCUUCUAACGUUUCUACUGACUAUGUUUUCUUGACAGCUUUGAGAGAAGAAAAAGUACUGUUGGUCAUUCUCUCGCAUGUAUAGUAGUACAAUACUGGAUAUGCGAAUGGAUAAUGUUCAUUUAGUAGUCUGUUAGUAGAUGAUGAUUUCUUUUCUUCGUAGUCAAUUGGUGUGUAUAUCCUGAUAUGUUCAGUCUAUUCCCAAAUUAAUUUGUAAAGUAGCCUUAACAAUUAUACAGUCUCUCUGAGUCUCUGUGUAUCAGUACUCUGUUUUCUGGACAGCUGGAAGAAAUCAGUUUGUCAUAACAUGUGAAAAUGAGUUUAUUUACCUGCA